AAACAGUUUUGUGUUGUCAGUGCUUUUUAUUCACUCAGCGUCACCAGUGAGGUAAUGAUCUUUAAGUAAAUCCAGAGUAAAUAAGACCAUGGAGGAGGACGGAAAACCACUGCUGGGCUACCCAGACCAGACAGAUUUUGACUCAAAACUAAGAAGGCCUUUUCAUGUGGAACCCAGAAACAUAGUGGAGGACCUGGCUCAGGAACGUGUGUCUGCCGAGGCCUCAGCGCUGAACAGCAGAGUUCAUUACUAUGGUCGCCUGACUGCCUCAUCAGACAGAUUGCUGGCUCCUCCUGACCAUGUGAUUCCUUCACCUGAGGAGAUGUACGUUUACAGCCCUCUGGGAACAGCGUUCAAAGUGCGAGGAGAGGGCGCUGCCAAAAAUCCCAGCAUUAUUACCAUCUUUGCGAUCUGGAAUACAAUGAUGGGCACGUCCAUACUUAGCAUCCCCUGGGGAAUAAAACAGGCUGGGUUCACCUUGGGAAUCAUCAUCAUCAUCUUAAUGGGCUUACUCACGCUCUACUGCUGUUACAGAGUUCUCAAGUCCCCCAAGUCAAUACCAUUUAUGGAUACAUCAGACUGGGAGUUCCCUGAUGUAUGUAAAUAUUACUUUGGGAGGUUUGGACAGUGGUCAAGUCUGCUCUUCUCACUGGUGUCGCUAAUUGGUGCAAUGGUGGUGUACUGGGUCCUCAUGUCUAACUUCCUGUUCAACACCGGCAAAUUUAUAUACAACUACGUCCACAAUGUCAACGUGUCAGAUUCAGAAUUUGGAACAAAUGGAUCAGACAAAGUGGUGUGUCCAUACCCAGACCUGAAUCCGGACAACAGCAGCAUUAACCUGCAUUACGUGGGUGAUAACAGUACAGACACUCUGUUCGAUCACUGGUGGAGUAAAACCAACACCAUCCCGCUCUACCUCAUUGUGCUUCUGCUGCCACUGCUCAACUUUCGCUCGGCCUCCUUCUUUGCCAGGUUCACCUUUCUGGGUACUAUUUCAGUGCUCUACCUCAUCUUUUUGGUCACCUUUAAAGCCAUUCGACUAGGAUUUCACCUGCAGUUUCACUGGAUUGAUUCCACUACAUUUUUUGUUCCAGAGUUUAGAUUGCUGUUUCCACAACUGACUGGUGUUCUCACGCUGGCCUUCUUCAUUCACAACUGCAUCAUCACUCUCAUGAAAAACAACAAAAAUCAAGAGAACAAUGUACGGGAUUUGUCGUUGGCCUACCUUUUAGUGGGACUGACGUACCUCUAUGUGGGGGUGAUGAUCUUUGCUUCCUUCCCUUCCCCACCACUGUCUAAAGACUGCAUUGAACCAAACUUUCUGGAUAACUUCCCCAGCAGUGAUGUGAUGGUGUUUCUAGCCCGGACCUGUCUCCUGUUCCAAAUGACCACCGUCUACCCCCUGCUGGGCUACUUGGUUCGGGUGCAGCUGAUGGGGCAACUCUUCGGUGAUCACUACCCCAGUUUUUUCCAUGUCUUCGCAUUAAACUGUGUCGUUGUGGGUUCUGGAGUCCUAAUGGCCAAGUUUUAUCCCAACAUCGGCUCCAUUAUCAGGUAUUCAGGGGCCACAUGCGGGCUGGCUCUGGUGUUUGUCUUCCCCUCAGCCAUCCACCUCAUGGCCCUGAAACGUAGUGGGGAGUUACGCUGGCCCUCCGCUUGCUUCCACUUCCUUCUCAUCGUGCUUGGGGUGGCCAAUCUGAUAGGCCAGUUUUUCAUGUAGCGCCUUGACACUUCGGUUUAGCACAGACUCACUGUAGUUUUGGUUCAGGCACAAGGUGGAAACGUUGCGGUUCAAGUUUUGCACAGGAAAUUGUUUCUUUUUUUUGUUCGUUUGUUAGUUUUGUUUAUAUGGUCGUGCAAAUUUGCAGCAAUUACAUUGCACUACAAUUAGGCCUGUAGGAAAAUGCUACUGACAAAUGUUUAUGUCACUUAUAAAUGAAUUAUAAACUCUUAGCACAUCUGA